CCACCUAUCACUAGAUUCAGGUCACGAUAUGAUUCAAGCAACUUCUGGCAGCAAAGCUAUCGCUGGAGUCAGAAGGAUCCAACUCCUCUUCCGGAAACGGUCGUCGACUCAAAAUCAUUGAGUCUCACACACAUUGAGAGUCGCUUGAAAAACUGGUAUUUCGAUCAAAGGGAAACUACCUAUGACCUCUCUGGAGAAGCUAAGAAGCGUUGGAAUAAACUAGCGAGUAGCAUCGACGAUGCAUAUUUGGAAUACUAUAGACUUGAAUUCAGGAGCCUCGACUCAGGAAAGACAGUGAUAAGUGCGCCUCCUUUGUUUUGUCGUGGUUGUGACAAUGGAACACGAAAGUAUUCCUCGACAGAUCCCACAAGAAAAUUCAGCUUCGUCCAAAUGCGUAUCAUGCUGCCUUUAGCGAUAGAAUAUUUUCUAAAAUCCCGCCCCGAAGAAAUUUCCCGGACCGUAAGCGAAGAAACCUCUGAGCUGAGCUCUACUACAGCAGUCAAUGUCAACCGCGCGAUCGUAAGGAUUUGUGGAAACAAUGGAGACAGGCAGGAUGAGUUUCGUAAGUAUCUCGAAAGUCUGAGUAAACCUUACACGGAGGACCAAGUACGUAAAAUAUUGAACAAGGAAAACGAAAACCGCCUCGAGAGAAUAAUUAAACUGCUUGAUUACAUUGAAGACCAAGGAUGGGCUGAUGGGAGUGCAAUAGGCUCCCUUGAUCAUGAAAUGAACCGCGGUGGUGCUGGCUACAUGCACACACUUUUCUUGCUAAAGGAUGCGUUACACGGGGACCCUAAAUACAGACCAAGACUUUUGAACUUAAUAAAUACUGCUAAGUGGUAUAAUGAUUUUGGCGAAGUUUAUCAGUCGACGUUCGAGUAUAGUGGAACAACGGCUGACAGAAUGAUCACAAUAAUGUUGUUUCGGCUCAUGAUUGUGUUGAUAAUGCCUGCUGAGUCAGAUAUGGAAAUCAAGGAAAGGCAGAGGGAUAUGGAUGCUUUAAAAAGAUGGAUGGAUAAUGCCCUGAGUAUCAACAAGGCCUUUGGAGGAGUUAUCAAACCUGAUUAUACCGGCUUUCAUCACAAGACAUUCUACGCAUCUGCAUAUGCUCCACACGCAUAUCAUACAGCUGCGCAAGUGCAAUACCUCCUAGAAGGAACGGACUUUGCACUGUCAGAUGAGUCGAAACAAAAUUUACGCAAAGCCCUUGAGACAUUGAGGCUGGUAGCAGUAAAGUAUUCAACACCAAACAGUGUCGGGGGACGUAUUGUUGACUAUUCCAAAAAGGUUUUGAUAAAAAUUCUUCCAGCAUACGCCUACAUCAGUGUUUCACAUCCGUCUGGUCCUCUGGCAUCGACCCCUGCUUAAGAAGUCUCAGUUCCUGUUGUCGAGAACGCUGGGAUGUUUUUACGUUUGUACCAGCCUACGGACGAAUUUGUUAAAAAGUACUUGGAAGAUGGAACGGUUAACAGGGGAAAAUCGUAUAUGAACAGUCUUGGAUCACUGAAAAUUAUGUCGACCGUCUUUUCUAAAGGUACAUCUCCUGAGCUCUCUCCUGAAGGUCAUUGGUCCAAAAACUUUGCUGCUCUUUCAGUUCAUCGUCGUAAGGACUGGGCAGUGACAAUAAAAGGCUUUAACCGCUUUGUCUGGGACUUUGAGGGAUCUACAAAGGGAAAAAAAGAAAAUGUGUUUGGUACCUAUCAGAGUCAUGGUUCAAUGUUAAUAGCGAACAGCGAAGAAGCAUUGAAGGCUCACGAUAUAAACAAUGGAUGGGAUUGGACAAAAAUACCUGGAGCCACAACGAUGACCCUUACUCUUGCUCAGACAAGGGUGAGCAGAGCAAGAAACUUCAGUCCCAACUCCUUUGCUGGAGGAGUUUCCUACAGAGGAUUAGAGUCUUUAUCCAGUGGACUAUUUGGCAUGGACUUUAACCAACCAAAUUACAGAUUUACUUACGCAGACGAUCCCAAAAUCAAUCUCCACUUUAAGAA